AUGGGCGGCUCCUGGGAGAGAUCGCCACGUACAAGCGCCAGCUCGGCGCCAUGGAGAGGCAGGGAGUCUCCCCUGAACAAUGUUGAGAGCGAUGAUGUCCUAUGCUCCUCUAUGUCUGCACUGUUCUUUGUUGGAGGGGUUGCGCCGCGUUCUGGAUCCUGGGAUCCAGUCACUUGA